AUGAGAUGGAGGAAUUCUACAUCGGAGAAGCAAUCUCCUUGUCCAACCGCCAGUCUAAGUUCUUCUGCGUACAUUACAAGCAUUUGGAGAUGUAUGACAAAAAUUUGGCAAUUGGCAUCUGUACCAAUCGAAAAAGGUUGAAGGAGAGCUUGGAAGAUGUAUCCCGGCAAUUUGUCAUGAGAACUCUGAAAGAAAUGCUCCGCAGGGAUUCCUUUGUUGCAGUUCGUGAUAUCGUGGAGAGGCUGCGGCUGAAGUUUGUCGGGAUACCGGAUAGCCACGAAAAGCUUGCCACUUUUUUGACCCGGGAAAUGGUGAUCUAGUAUGUGUAUGAACGAAGGAGCUUUCCUAGCCCUAAUGCUGAUGGGUUCUUAAUGUUUCACGGCAUCUUGGCCGAAAUUGUGAACAACCAUAAGCAUGGAAGAUCAUGGAAUGGCCAUUUCGAGAGAGAUGAUAUUGAAGUCUACAAUGGCAAGUUUUUCAAGAUCAUAAAGCCUGCUGUCUACAUCUUUGACCCAUCUCAAAUGUCCUUAGAGGUUGCAGGUUUCUUGAAAAAUGACUUUGGGGCUUGCAAGUUCCUGAUUGCUAAGUUCAACAGUGAUGGUCGCCUCCCUGUAUAUUUUAUUCAACUUGAAGAAGCUCUAACAGAAACACCAGUUGAGGAAUUUCUUCAUGCCUUUGACUCAGAUCUUUACGACAAGAUUCUACACCACCCAGGAAUUAAACACCCAUUUGUUCGUGCACAGUUUCUCUGUGGCACUUACCAAGCAUGCAGGGCACAUGAUAGGUAUGACCCUGAAGCUAAGUUCAAGGAGGUGUUGUACAACUUUAUUAUCCCUAGCUUCAGCCUGGCAGACGCAAUGAUCAAGUCAGGGAUAGAUAUCCUGGAGAAGGUUCUUUAUUUCCAGCAGGAACAAGUGUGGCGUGCUUUGGAUAAGGGUAGAGGGCCUGAAGUGAGAAUGCCUCUCCCCGGUAACAAAUUUCGUGCUUGGAACAACAAAGCUGCUUUCUUUCACUCCUUGCUCACCGACGACAUCAAUUAUGCUUCAAGUGAUGGUGGAACUUACAUUAGCAUCAAGAGGCAUCUCAUAGCACACGGCCCAGAUUACUCCAAGGAGGAGAAGGUGUUCAUAGAGAGGGGUACAUGGCAAGAUGAUGGGGUUGGAUACCUUGAGGUCCAGAGGGGCAGCAAGAGUCCCAGAAAGCAGAGGCUUGAUUCUAUCGAGGUCCUGGAGAUUAUGGGUGCAUUCAACUCAGAGGAUGCGUUGGCGGCAAUAAUUUCAGAGCUGUUGGAUAUGUCGGCCAUGACUGGAAAACUGAAGCCGGUCUGGGAGUUAUACAAGACCAGUGGGUUUGAGCCGUCAAGUCUAGAUGUGCAGAACUUGCUAGAGAUGCUGGGCCUUGGUGGAGAAGAGAAUGAAGAAGACGAUUGACAUUCAAUUGCAGCAGUCCAUGAAAACAUUUGGUGACUUGGAUCAUCUAGCCGUAGUGCCUGUAGGAGUUUAUGUAUGUUUGUUAACCGGUGAAACUAGCUAGCUAUUGUCUAUCGUCUGAUGUCUCUAAGAAGUUUGGAUUGUCCUUUAGUUGGGCAGUGGCCAUGGUAUGUUUUUGCUGUAGGCAGUAAUGGCUGUCAUCAAACUGCUAUCCAAACUGAUCUUGCGUUUUAACACACAUCUGAGGAGCUAUGUUUUGAACUGU